AUGGCGGACGACAACACAGACGCACCCGCGCAAUCUGGCUCGGCGUUCUUCGAUAGCUUCUUCGCCUCGGCGUUGCAACGCGCCAACAUGUCCUCGGGCGAGCUGAGGGGGUUGAGCGACGAGCUCAGUGCCGCUGCUCAUCCUGUCAACAGUACAACACAGUCGAACGACGUGCUCGCACCAGACGGAAACGGGUUGGACUGCGGACGCGAUCCAGGUGAUGUGCCUGAUUCGACGGACACGGACAAGCUCGCACCAAAAGCAUCCUCGUCGAACCCAAGACAGCUGUCCGCCCUAGCCAACGGCGUAUCAUCGCUCAACCUCGGACAGGCGAGUCCCGGAGCGCCGUCCAGCUCUUCUACAUACGUCCAAGCGAGCAGCUCCUCCCCGAUCUCCCCCUCCGCCUCUGCAUCCGCCUCGAUGCUGCAGCACCACACUUCGGCGCGUGCCGCCGCGACCGCGCUCCUCUCCCGCACCUCGUCCUCGCAGCUUGCCAUGCAUGGUGCGCCGUCCACCAAGAUCGCCGCUGACCUCGAUGCGCUCGCGACCACCCGCGGAGGCGGCCUUGGAACACCCACGGGGGAGCGCACGUACAUCGGUUCCGCCUGGGCGCCUUCCGGAACCGCCACGCCCGUCAUGGACCCCAACGGCCUCGGUUGGCCAGCAAAAGCCACGCUCGACCGUCUCAACCACACUCCCGCCCAAGCCGCCACCAACCAAGCCCGUCUCGCCUCGGCCAUCGCCACCGUCCUCGAAUGCAUCGGCGAAGAUCCUUCCCGGUCCGGUCUGCAAAAGACCCCCGAACGCUACGCAAAGGCCUUGCUCUGGAUGACUCGUGGGUAUGAGGUCAGGCUAUCCGAUGUCAUCGCCAACGCCAUCUUCGACGAGGAGCACGACGAGAUGGUCAUUGUUAAGGAUAUCGAGAUCUUCUCCCUCUGCGAACACCACAUGGUUCCUUUCACCGGCAAGAUCCAUAUCGGCUACAUUCCGAAUCGACUGGUGAUCGGAUUGAGCAAGCUCGCGAGGAUAGCGGAGACCUUUGCGCGACGGCUGCAGGUGCAGGAACGAUUGACGAAGCAGGUUGCGCUAGCGCUGGAUGAGGCAUUGCGCCCGCAAGGCGUGGCGGUCGUGGUGGAGUGCGAGCAUCUGUGCAUGGCGAUGAGAGGUGUACAGAAGCCAGGAGCUACAACGGUUACCAGUUGCAUGUUGGGCGUCUUUAGGGACAGGCAGAAGACCAGGGAGGAGUUUUUGAGUUUGAUCAACAAGCGAUGA